AUGUCUGAGGCAGCAGGAGUGCUUCGAAUCCAGUCCGGCUACAUCCGAAGCUCCUCCAUCAAGGACUUGGGUCCGCUCGAGUUCACUGGCAAGGUGGCUGGUGGUCUUCGUCUGGACUUGCGCCGGCGUGCGCCCCUUUAUGGAAGUGAUUGGACUGAUGCGUUCAAAGCCGAGAACCUCCAGAAAUCGGUUUCUUCCAUCUUGUACCUCUUCAUCGCAGCUCUUGCUCCUGCAAUCACGUUCGGAAGCCGCUUCCUCGACGGCACCAACGGCCAAUUCGGAGUACUGGAGAUGAUCAUGUCCACGUGCGUGAGCGGCCUGCUCUUUUCCACGUUUUCUGGGCAGCCACUCUCCAUCCUGGGAGCAACCGGUCCGUUCCUGGCCUACUCCUUGGUGGUCUAUGACUUGGCGGAUGCGAUGGAGUUGGAGUUCCUGCCCUACUACUUCUGGGUCUGCAUGUGGUCCUCGGUGUUCACCAUCCUGGUGGCGGUCUUCGAUCUCUGCGCGCUGAUGAAGCACGUGACUAUGUUCAGCGAAGACAUCUUUGCGGGCCUGAUCAGUCUUAUCUUCAUCAUCGACGGCAUCCUGCCAAUCCUUCGUAACUUCAUCGAGGAGACGAUCCCCUUGCGCAGCGCGAUGUUCGAGACGCUGCUCUUCGUCAUCACCUUCGGAGGCGCGUCCUACCUCUCGUACUUCCGCCGUACCCCGUGGACCGUCCGCUCCCUUCGCAACCUCGUGGCCAACUUCGCCGUGACCAUCACUUUGGUGAUCGCCUCCGCCAUCGGAGCCAUCUACACCACGGAGACGAACCUGCGCAUGCUCGAAGUUGAGGCGGAGUUGGCGCCGGCCCUGACCUUGGCCACCGGCGAGAAGAGGCCCUGGGUCGUGAACCCCAUGGGCAUCGAGAAGGACUUCCCGGCAUGGGGCAUCGCGUAUGCGAUCCUUCCGGCGAUCGGCUUCGCAGUCCUGGGAUACCUCGACCAGACUCUCGGCUGCACUGUGGCAGCCACCGGAUGGAAAAGUUUCCUUUCGCUUUCGCCGGACCCAUUCUCCUUAUGUAUUCUCCGAAGUUAA